AUGAUCCGAUUAGGAACCGAUGAUAUUGGGAGCCUCGUUACUGAUCUGGAGGAUCUACAAGAACCGCCAGAAGAAGAGAUUGUAUUUGAGUCUGAAACGCCUCAAAUAGCAAAAGUCACUCGAUCUUGGCAAACGUCUGCGCAAGCUACAAUGUCAGGGCUGAACCUUUCUCAGGUUCCAAAGAAACCAAGAGAAUGGCCUUCGAGCAGGAGUGGCAGUUCUACGAAUAAGAACAAGAAUCGAGUUGCGACAAGACGCAAGCAUCGAGAGAGGGAAAUGAAACCGUUAAAGGACAAAUUGAAGUCUGAUAUUCGUACCAAAGAGGGAAGUCGCAGUACUAAAGACAGUAAAGCUAUCCUUGAAACACAGCACAAUCUAUGUUUCCAACAGAUUGGGAAUGAGAUGAAAGCAGAUUAUGAAGAGCACGACGCUAUUCUGAUCGCUCGUUGCAUGAUGCAGAUCAAGGCAAAGUUUGAUACUGAUGAAGGUCUGAACUUCAUUCAACAGUGUUAG